AUGGCUCAGUCAAUGGUUUGUCAUGUUAUGUUAGUUGUGAUAUUCAUACUGGUGGCUCUUGCUGAGGCACAAACUCCACCAGGAAUUAACAACCCUAGCCAUGCAACUUGUAAGGACCCGAGUUACAAAGAAUGUCAUAACUUGGUGCAUGUUUGUCCUAAGUUUUGUCCAGAUAGCUGCACUGUUAAUUGUCAAUCAUGCAAACCUGUUUGUGGUGGCGACAGUGCACCAUCACCACCAGAGAUAGAACCACCUCCCACUGUUACUCCAUCGCCACCAGUGUACACACCUCCAACACCAACACCAUCGUCUCCCACCACACCUUCACCACCAACAGAGUACACACCACCCACUAUUCCUCCACCAAUAGAGCCCACACCCGCAACACCAUCUUCACCAAUCCCUUCACCUCCAACUCCCUCUUCACCACCUCCCACCACCCCAUCAUCACCAACAAAGUCCACACCCUCCACUACCCCUUCUCUACCAAUAGAGCCCACACCUCCAACACCACCAACGUCAUUACCACCUCCACCAACCCCUUCACCACCUCCCACCACCCCUUCACCACCUACAGAGUCCACACCACCCACUACUUCUUAUCCACCAAUAGAGCUCACACCUCCAACACCACCAACGUCAUUACCACCUCCACCAACCCCUUCACCUCCAACUCCUUCCUCACCACCUUCCACCACCCCUUCACCACCAACAGAGUCUACACCACCCAAUACUCCUCCACCAAUAGAGCCCACACCUCCAACAACACCACCGUCGUCACCGCCUCCACAAACCCCUUCACCACCAACUCCCUCCUCACUACCUCCUACCACCCCUUCACCACCAACAGAAUAUGCACCUCCGACACCAACACCAUCUUCACCACCUCCUAUCACCCCUUCACCGCCAACAAAGUCCACACCUUCCACACCACCUCCCACUGUUCCAUCACCACCAACAGAGUCCACACCUCCAACACCAACACCAUCCUCACCACCUGCGACUACCCCUUCACCUCCAACAAAUUCCACACCUCCAACACCAACACCAUCCACACCACCUCCCACCACUCCAUCACCCUCACCUCCCACUGCCCCUGCACCACAAAAGGAGUCAACACCACCAACACCAUCAUCACCUGCACCUCCUACAUGGUCCAGUCCACCUCAGCCAAAGAAAGUCAAGUGUAAAAACAACAACUACACAAAAUGUUACGCCUCCGAGCAUGUCUGCCCUGCUUCUUGUCCUGGUCAAUGUGAAGUUGAUUGUGUUUCUUGCAAGCCAGUUUGCAAUUGUGAUAUGCCUGGAGCAGUGUGUCAAGAUCCUCGUUUCAUUGGUGGUGACGGCAUCACUUUCUACUUCCAUGGAAAGAAGGAUCAAGAUUUCUGCCUUGUUGCCGAUAACAACCUCCACAUCAAUGGCCACUUCAUUGGCAAGAGAAACAGAAACAUGGGAAGAGACUUUACUUGGGUCCAAUCAAUAGGGGUUCUUUUCGACAACCACAAAGUACAAAUCAGUGCUCAAAAGACUUCUUCUUGGGAUGACACCAUUGACCGUAUCUCUGUUACAUUUGACGGGGAAAACAUCUUUAUCCCAAAAAGCGAAGGUGCCAAAUGGCAAUAUUCUACGACAUCAAUCACUAGGAUUCAUGACACCAACCAUAUCGUUUUCGAAGUUGAAAACCUCUUCAGGAUCACAGCCAAAGUGGUUCCAAUAACCAAAGAAGAAUCAAGAAUCCAUAACUAUGACAUAACCAGUGACGAUUGCUUUGCUCAUCUUGAUCUCAAGUUCAAGUUCUUCUCCUUGAGUAACAAAGUGGACGGAGUUCUAGGACAGACAUAUAGGACUGAGUAUGUAAGCAAGGUGAAGAUGGGGGUGUUAAUGCCUGUGAUGGGAGGAGAUAGUAAGUUUGUGAGUACAAAUUCAUUUGCGACGGAUUGUUCUGUUGCUAUGUUUAAGGGUAGUCAGGAAGACGGUUCCACAUUGAACUUACAGUUGCCAAGCUUGAGGUGCCAAAGUGGUUUAGAAGGGCGAGGCGUCGUAUGCAAGAGAUAA